AUGUUAAAACUAUUUUUGAUAUUCGUGAUGCAGAUAGGAGUGCUAGCUAGAAAAGAAGUAUGGGCCGGCGAUCACGAAAGGCGUUUGUAUGCGAAGCUCGCUGAUGGCUACAAUAAACUCGCCCGGCCAGUUCGCAACGAAAGUGAGCCGGUGCUAGUACUGCUUGGUCUCGAUUUCCAGCAGAUACUGGAUGUGGAUGAGAAGCAUCAAAUCAUGCACUCGAAUGUGUGGUUACGUAUGAGCUGGAUCGAUCACUACCUAACGUGGGAUCCGGCAGAGUACGGCAACAUUCGUGAAGUUCGCCUACCUAUAUCAAAUAUAUGGAAACCAGACGUGUUGCUAUACAACAGCGUUGAUCAACAAUUCGACAGCACAUGGCCAGUUAAUGCAGUCGUAUACCACACUGGCAACAUCACUUGGAUACCACCAGCUGUGAUUAGAUCCAGUUGUAAUAUUGACAUAGCAUAUUUCCCAUUUGAUUUACAGCAUUGUUCCAUGAAAUUUGGUUCCUGGACAUAUUCGGGUUUUUUCACCGACCUGCGCAACGCCUCCGUCUCAGUCGGCACUUACCAGCCAAAUGGAGAAUGGGAAUUACUAGAUCUGACAUCAAAAAGAUCAAUCUUCUACUAUGAGUGCUGUCCAGAACCAUAUUAUGACAUCACAUUCACUAUAUCCAUCAGAAGGAGGACACUAUAUUAUGGGUUUAACCUCGUUCUACCCAGCAUGGUGAUCUCUGCUCUAGCUCUUCUUGGCUUUACCUUGCCAGCAGACUCAGGAGAAAAGCUCAACCUGUGUGUCACAAUUUUCAUGUCUCUCUGCGUGUUCAUGUUGAUGGUUGCCGAAGCCAUGCCACAAACAAGUGAUGCGUUACCGUUGAUAGAAGUGUAUUUCUCAUGCAUCAUGUUCGAAGUGGGAGCGUCCGUGGUGUGCACUGUAUUUGCACUGAAUUUUCAUCAUAGGACUCCAGAAAGUUAUCAUCCGAUGACUCCGCUGACCAGGAAGAUCCUCCUUGAUUGGCUGCCGACACUGCUCUUCAUGGAACGACCUCCACCAUUUAACCUAGAACAGAGUAAUGGGCACGUUAUAUGCGAACGGCACAAGGAUAGAAGGAAAACGAAACGAUUUUUCGACACGGAAAAAAUGUUGAUGAACAACUGCUUCUCACCACAUGAUCACAAAACAAAAGCAGUGCACCUCGAUUUCUGUCACGGAGGUCGCAUAGAGGUUCGCCGUCGCCCCAUAAGUGCAGAACGGAACUCAUUUCCAAUUUCGCACUGUAAUAACAGUGCUUCACCUUUACUCACUCAUAAAUACACCUUUACAAAACUUAGCAAUCCAGUGGAAACAGUUGAUCGGAAAUCGCCUACCCCGGCUGCUACACGUGGUCUCAUGGAUGAGCGACAGUUUGCAAGCAUCAUUGAAGAACUACGAGUCAUCUCGUCAAAAGUUAAAAAGGAGGAAAUGAUGCAUUCUCAACGCGCAGAUUGGAUGUUUGCAGCUAUGGUGAUAGAUCGUGUCUGUUUCGUCACAUUCUCAUUUUUUCUCAUUCUCUGCACAAUUGUUCUUUCCUACAGAGCGCCACAUAUCUUCGCCUGA